UCGGCCUCGGCUCGGCGCCCGCAGCAUGCAGCAGCAGCCCGGGCGGCGGCGGCGGCCGUGAGGCGAGGGCCGUGCGCCCCGGCGGGCCCGGCACGGGAGGGCGGCGGCGCCUUUGUUGAGGCCCGGCCGCCGCGGCCUUUGUCUGCAGAUGGUGGACGCCGGCGCCUGCGCCGCCGCGGACGGCUGGAGGAGGAUGGAAGCCCCGCCGGACGGCACCGACCUGGUACCGCUGGACCGCUACGACGCGGCGCGGGCCAAGAUCGCCGCCAACCUGCAGUGGAUCUGCGCGAAGGCCUACGGCCUAGACAACAUCCCUGAGGAUCUCAGAGACCCUUUCUACAUCGACCAGUAUGAGCAAGAGCACAUUAAGCCGCCUGUUAUCAAGCUUCUCCUGUCGAGUGAGCUGUACUGCCGGGUCUGCAGCCUCAUCCUGAAAGGGGACCAGGCGGCCACCUUACAAGGACACCAGUCAGUCAUCCAGGCCCUGUCUCGAAAGGGCAUCUACGUGAUAGAGAGUGAUGACACCCCUGUGACAGAUGUUGACCUGGGCCAUGCGCCAAUAAAGAUGAGCGCCCACAUGGCGAUGGUGGAUGCCCUGAUGAUGGCCUACACCGUGGAGAUGAUCAGCAUCGAGAAGGUCGUGGCCAGUGUCAAACGCUUCUCUACGUUCAGCGCCUCGAAAGAGCUUCCCUAUGACCUUGAGGAUGCCAUGGUGUUCUGGAUCAACAAGGUAAAUCUUAAAAUGAGAGAAAUAACAGAGAAAGAAGUUAAAUUGAAACAGCAGCUACUGGAAAGUCCAGCUCAUCAAAAGCCUGGCCUGGCGCACGCCGUGGCGCACUGCAUGCUGGAGCCCGUGGACUUUGCACGUGUGGUCCGCUAUCGGCGAGAGCACCCUUCUGCUAGGCAGUCACCCUACUUCCCGUUGUUGGAGGACUUGAUGAGAGACGGCAGUGAUGGCGCUGCUCUCUUAGCGGUGGUUCACUAUUACUGCCCAGAGCAGAUGAAACUGGAUGAUAUCUGCCUGAAGGAGGCGCCCUCGAUGGCCGACAGCCUGUAUAACAUCCGGCUUCUGCGCGAGUUCUCCAACGAGCAUCUGAACAAGUGCUUCUAUCUCACCCUGGAGGACAUGCUGUAUGCGCCCCCCGUGCUGAAGCCGAACGUCAUGGUUUUUAUUGCCGAGCUCUUCUGGUGGUUUGAGAAUGUCAAGCCAGAUUUCGUUCAGCCCAGGGAUGUCCAGGAGCUGAAGGAUGCUAAAACAGUGUUACAGCAGAAGUGCAGCCGGCCUCCCGUCCCCAUCUCCAAUGCGACCAAACGCAGCUUCCUGGGCAGCCCCGCUGCCGUGAGCCCCGCUGACCUGCCGGCACCCAGCCAGCCUCCGGUGGAAGGGGGACACCGGUACCUCCUCCACCCCGAAGAACCCGAGUACCUUGGGAAAGGAGCUUCUGCCUUCAGCCCAUCCCACCCCUUACUGCCACUGAGGCAGAGACAGCAAAAAGCGGCACAGGCAGAGGACACCCCGGAUCAGCGGCAUCGAUCUAACUCUUUAACCCGAGUCGAUGGUCAGCCUCGAGGUACAGCAAUAGCAUGGCCAGACAAGAAAAACAGGCCUGUGUCCCAGCCAACACCUUUUGCUCUCCACCAUGCUGUAAGCUGUGACGUGGACCCCAGCUCCGGUGACAGCAUCAGCUUGGCCCGUUCCAUCAGCAAAGACAGUCUGGCCUCCAACGUCAUCCACCUGACCCCGCACAACCAGCCUGACCCCGCUGCUGGGAAGACUGAUGGCAGAAGCCUCCUGAGCAACGUCAACAUGGACGACGAGGAAGAGGAGCUUGUGGCCAUCAUCAGGACCGAUGUGUCUCCCCCCGGUGGGGACCCGGAGGCCCCACGGGCCUCUCCUCGGGCACUGGGCCCGAUGGCCAGGGCCAGGUCUCCCCAGAGGCCGGCAGACACCCUGGAGAGUAAGCCCAACAGUUUUUUCCUGGAGCCUCUGAUGCCGGCAGUGCUUAGGCCCGCCAAAGAGAAGCAGGUGACCACUAAAGAGGACGAGCGUGGCGAAGGGCGGCCUCGGGGCGUCGCGUCUAAGAGGUCUGUCGAGAGCUCCCAGCCUCCGGUACGGAAGAAAGCGGCCAGCGGUCACAGCGGUCGUGACUUGAACAGGACUUUCACCCCGAUUCCUUGUUCAGAACUUACUGUGAGUGCCGACCCAGCUGAGGAGGGGCCCCAGUUACCAGAAGCCACGGGAGAAGCGUGGGGGGGGCCUGUGGCCGCUGCCGUAUCUGAUCCACUCCCCCAGAGACUGCGUGACGGCUUCUUCCUUCAUGUAGGCAGGACUGACGAGGACACAGAGGGGCGGCUGUACGUGAGUUCCCAGAGCCCCAGUUCCCACGACUCGGAGCCGUGGACAAUCUUGAGGCAGGAUUCUGACUCUGACGUCGUGGAUGUCGACGAUACAGAGCAGGAUUUCCUGGGCGAGGACCAUGCUGUGCUGCUUCCCAGAUACACUGGCGAAGAGGAAUCGGCCAAGCUUCAAGAGGACAUGAAGGUGAAGGAACACGAGGACAAGGACGAUGCCAGCGGCCGCUCGAGCCCGUGUCUGAGCACGACCUCUCAGCUCAGCAGCAUGUCUGUGGCGAGCGGCAGCGUGAAGAUGACCAGCUUUGCGGAACGUAAGUUCCAGCGCCUCAACAGCAGCGAGACCAAGUCCAGCACCAGCAGCUCCCAGAAGACCACGCCGGAUGCAUCGGAGAGCUGUCCGGCCCCUCUGACGACCUGGAGGCAGAAGAGGGAGCAGAGCCCCAACCGGCACGGCAAGGACCCCGCCAGCCUGCUGGCGUCCGAGCUGGUGCAGCUGCACAUGCAGCUGGAGGAGAAGCGCAGAGCCAUAGAAACCCAGAAGAAGAAGAUGGAGGCGCUGUCCGCCCGGCAGCGCCUGAAGCUGGGCAAGGCCGCCUUUCUGCAUGUGGUGAAGAAGGGCAGGGCCGACGGCACCCUGCAGCCACUGAGGCCCGAGCACUUUACAAAGGAGCACGCGCAGUACAACGGGGAGGACCUGGAUGAGGCUGUGGCGAACGCGGAAGGCUUCCUCAAGGAAGAGCAGAGAGAGGUCGGUGAGUGUCCAGAUGUGGACAGGGAAAGCGUGGCUUUUGCCCAGCUGCAUAAACCCAAAGACCCCUCGGCCCUGCCUGACGUGGAGACGCACAGGGUGCUCUCGGCGGCUCUCCUGGAGGACGGCGUCGGGGAGGUGGUGGACGUGAGCGAGAGCGACCUGUCCAUCGAGAAGCUGAACGAGACCAUCAGCACGCUGCAGCAGGCCAUCCUGAAGAUCUCCCAGCAGCAGCAGCAGCUUCUCCUCCAGUCCCCAGCAGUGCCCACGCCGGCCUCCAGAAACCACUCCCAGGACCAAAAAGUAAAGGCCCCUGUCCACUUUGUCGAGCCCCUCUCUCCCACCGGGGUGACUGGCCACCGCAAACCGCCCCGGCUUGGCCAGGGCCGGAACUCGCGUUCAGGAAGGCCAGCGGAGCUGAAGGUUCCCAAAGACAGGCAGCUGGGCCCCUCCCGGAGCAAAACCCCGACCCCCAGCGUGGAGACGCUCCCACACCUGCGCUCUUUUCCCCCAAGCAGCCACCCACGGACGCCCUCCGACCCCAGUGCGGACAGCGUGGCGGACUCUGGUGGCACCCCCUCUGAGAAGCAUCUCUUUGACAGUUACAGGCUCCAUGAUGAAAGCAACCAGCGGGCGUUGGUUCUGCCCUCUUGCAGAGAUGCUAAUGUUCUCGCGGAGCAGGUAAGCUGCCAGGAGGGCUUGGACGCGAGUGUGAAAGAGGCGGAGCUGAGCGCCUCGACCAUCUCGGGCAAGGAGAAGGGCCUGGCGGAAGAGCCGCUGCGGAGCAAGGCCAGCCUCAUUGAAGUGGACCUCUCCGACCUGAAGGCCCCCGAUGAAGACGGCGAGCCGGAGGGCCACGAGAGCUCCCUGGUGCUCAUUGGAGACAGCGACCAGAAGCCUGUGGUUGGCUUCUUCUUCAAGGACGAGCAGAAAGCAGAGGAUGAGCUGGCCAAGAAGCGGGCGGCCUUCCUCCUGAAACAGCAGCGGAAGGCCGAGGAGGCUCGUGUUCGCAAGCAGCAGCUGGAGGCGGAAGUGGAGCUCAAGCGCGAUGAGGCCCGGCGUAAGGCAGAAGAAGACCGAAUACGGAAGGAGGAGGAGAAGGCCCGGCGGGAGCUCAUCAAGCAGGAGUACCUGAGGAGGAAGCAGCAGCAGAUCUUAGAGGAACAAGGACUUGGCAAGCCGAAAUCCAAGCCCAAAAAGCCAAGGCCGAAGUCUGUGCAUCGAGAAGAGUCCUGCAGCGACUCAGGAACCAAGUGCCCGUCCACCCCUGACAACUUGAGCCAGACUCAUUCCGGCUCCAGCCUGUCCCUGGCCUCGGCGGCAACCACGGAACCCGAGAGCGUCCACUCGGGGGGCGCCCCUUCCCACCGAGUGGAGUCGUUGGAGGCCCUGCCCAUCCUGAGCCGCAACCCGAGCAGGAGCACCGACCGAGACUGGGAGACGGCGUCGGCAGCUUCCUCCCUGGCCUCUGUGGCCGAGUACACAGGUCCUAAACUCUUUAAGGAACCCAGCAGCAAAUCAAACAAGCCCAUCAUUCAUAAUGCUAUAUCCCACUGCUGUCUGGCCGGAAAAGUGAAUGAGCCGCACAAGAACUCGAUACUGGAGGAGCUGGAGAAGUGUGACGCCAACCACUACAUCAUUCUGUUUCGUGACGCUGGGUGCCAGUUCAGGGCGCUUUAUUGCUACUACCCCGACACCGAAGACAUCUACAAGCUCACCGGCACGGGGCCGAAGAGCAUCACCAAAAAGAUGAUUGACAAACUGUACAAAUACAGCUCGGACCGGAAACAGUUUAACCUGAUCCCAGCCAAGACCAUGUCUGUCAGCGUGGACGCGCUCACGAUCCACAACCACUUGUGGCAGCCCAAGCGGCCCUCGGUGCCAAAGAAGACCCAGACGCGGAAGUGACGGGCGGCACCGUGGGGACCUGCCGGCGGCGCCCGUGCGCUGUCCUCGCCCUCGGGUACGAAGCGUGCCGUCCCAGACCCGCGUGACGGAAGGGCCUUCCCCUCCCCGCGCCCCGUCGCGGGGCCGCCCGGCGGGGAGAGGGGCCGCCCGCCCUGCCGCCCCCCGGGCCCUCGGCGGAGGCUGCGCGGCAGCGAGGGCUGGACGGCGCCCCCUACUUGAAAUGCUUCAGGAUAAGAUAAUGUGAUCUGCUCUCUGGCCCCCCGCCCCCCGCGCACCCCAUUUGCACAUUGCCUGGCGCCCCACCUUGGCCCACGCCGGCCGGUUGGAUCAUUGGUGACGAUAGGGCCGAGGCUCGCUCUUGGGUCAGAGUGUCUGAAUGUCUUCAUAAAAGGAGUUGCUAUAGAAAAUCUUUUUCAUUUGAAAUUGUAUGAUAUUUAUUGACUGUGUCUACUGCCAACCUUUAUAUUCACUUCUAAGAUUUCUGAAAAAAAUCGUUGUUCCUUGCUGCUCAGAAAACGUUUACUGAAAAUACGAGUUCACUAAAGGCACUGAAACCUGCGGAGCGUGUCUUGUGUCACAGUGACGUUUACAGAUGUGGGGUGGUUUCUGUGACGCGGCCGCGGGGGGCGGGUCCCGCGGGGGGCGGCUUCCUUCGGUGCAGGCGGCCGGCGGCCGCCCCGUGGCUGUGGCGAAGGCGGACGCGGGCGCGCGCCGGGCUUGUCUCUCGAGAGCGCGGUCUCUGCGCGGCCUCCAGGCAGCGGGCGCGAACCCUGAGCCCGCAGCUGCGGGGAGCUCGCUCGCGGUUCUGCUGCCGCGUUAAGAACACUCGUGCCCUGAACCUGCACGCCAGGUCUUUCCACGGGGGUUCCGACAGUGGCCGACACCUCCAGCGCAGACGUUCCCGGGGAGCAGGACGCCCCCGCCGCGCUGUAAAGAAGGAGCGCGGUACAGCACACGCCCGCGAGCCACUGCCUCCUCCCGCUCCUCCGGAGCCCGUGGAGACCUUGUGUGUCUCCCGUGGGGAGUGGCGCUGGGCUGUCGCCUUCUCCCGGGCUGAGAUUAAAGCCAGUGACGCGUCAUCCUCACCGUGUGCUUGAUGUACUGCACCUAUUUAUUUUGACAAAGCACUGAACUGUAAUAAAGUAACGACCUGGCUUGCUUCACGUCA